AUGCUUCACAUGCUCCAUAGUGAAAUGAAGAUUCUUAAUUCCUCAAAUAUUAGUUUUCAUGCUUGGAUGACGAAGGAACAGAGUGGAAAUAUGAAUGAGUCGCUGGUGGUGAAUGACUCCUCUGCGACUCCUGUGGCCAGGGAAGCUCUCCCAUGGAUGGAGGCUGAGUCUCCAGAGCACAACGGCAGCCUGGAGUUCUCCACUGCCCCUUUAGAUUUCCCCAUCAACCCGUGGGACAUCAUGCUCUGUAUGUCAGGCACUGUCAUCGCAUGUGAAAAUGCCAUAGUGGUAGCAAUCAUCUUCUACACACCAACACUAAGGACUCCCAUGUUUGUGCUGAUCGGGAGCCUGGCUACAGCGGACCUGCUGGCCGGCAUGGGAUUAAUCCUGAACUUUGUGUUCCAGUAUGUGAUCUCCUCUGAGACUAUCAGCCUUAUCACUGUAGGCUUCUUGGUGGCCUCCUUCACUGCCUCCAUCAGCAGCCUCUUAGCCAUAACAGUGGACCGUUACUUCUCCCUCUACAACGCCCUGACAUACUUCUCAGAGAAGACUCUGCAGUAUGUACACCUGAUGUUACUGGGGACUUGGGGUGUGUCUCUGUUCCUUGGCCUGCUGCCGGUGCUCGGCUGGAACUGCCUGGACGAGCCGGCCUCCUGCAGCAUUGUCCGCCCUUUGACCCGGAGCAACGUCACACUCCUGGCCACCUCCUUCUUCGCCAUCUUUGUGCUCAUGCUCACCCUCUACUUCAAGAUCUGCAAGAUAGUGUGCCACCACGCCCACCAGAUUGCCCUCCAGCAGCACUUUUUUGCCACAUCGCAUUAUGUUGCCACCAAGAAAGGGGUCUCCACUCUUGCUAUCAUCCUCGGGACUUUUGGUGCCAGCUGGUUGCCGUUCGCCAUCUACUGCUUGGUGGGCGAGAGGGAGUAUCCAUCGGUGUACACCUACGCUACACUGCUGCCAGCCACCUACAACUCCAUGAUCAACCCUAUCAUCUACGCCUACAGAAAUACAGAGAUCCAGCGUUCCAUCUACAUGCUUCUCUGUGGCUGCUUUCAGACCAACGGGGCCUACCGGUCCAGGUCACCAAGUGAAGUCUAAAAAGGUGCUAGGGCUCUUUGUGUAUGUGUGUGUGUGUGUGUGUGUGUGUGUAAGUG